AUGAAUAUGGAGGAAGAGAACGACAUAACAGUGACAUGGGAGAAUUUGGAAGCUACUGUUACCAGUGGAAAGAAUAGUAAACUAAUUCUGCAUAGGCUUACAGGUUACGCUCAACCAGGGAAGCUUUUGGCUAUAAUGGGUCCUUCUGGCUGUGGCAAAUCCACCCUUCUUGAUGCUUUAGCAGGAAGAUUGGGAUCAAACAUAAAGCAAACGGGGAAGAUUCUAAUCAAUGGACACAAACAAGAACUGGCAUAUGGAACAUCAGGCUAUGUGACACAAGACGAUGCUAUGCUGUCAUGUUUAACAGCUGGGGAAACUUUGUACUACUCAGCUCAACUCCAAUUUCCAAACACCAUGUCUAAAACCGAGAAGAAGGAACGAGCAGAUGCUACACUCAGAGAAAUGGGUCUGCAAGAUGCCAUCAACACAAGGGUUGGAGGGUGGAGUUGUAAAGGUUUGAGUGGGGGACAGAAGAGGAGACUUAGCAUAUGCGUUGAGAUUCUUACACAUCCAAGACUCCUCUUCCUUGAUGAACCAACUAGUGGCCUUGAUAGUGCAGCUUCCUAUUAUGUUAUGAGUGGAAUUGCAAGUCUCAAUCUAAGGGAUGGAAUUCAAAGGACUAUUGUUGCUUCCAUCCACCAGCCUAGCAGUGAGGUUUUCCAACUUUUUCAUGAUCUUUGUCUUCUCUCUUCAGGAGAAACAGUAUAUUUUGGACCCGCGUCUGAUGCAAAUCAGUUUUUUGCUUCAAAUGGUUUUCCUUGCCCAUCUCUCUAUAAUCCUUCUGAUCAUUACCUUAGGAUCAUAAACAAAGAUUUCAAGCAGGAUGCUGACGAAGGAAUUACCAACGAAGAAGCAACCAAUAUCCUUGUCAGUUCUUAUAAAUCGUCUGAAUAUAGAAAUCACGUUCAAAAUGAAAUCGUAAAAAUAAGUGAAAACGAUUCCGGUGCAGUAGGGAAGAAGAAGAAGAAGAUGCACGCAGCAUUCCGAACUCAGUGUCUGGUUCUUCUGAAAAGAUCUUCGAUUCAAAUCUAUCGUGAUAUAAGCAAUUACUGGUUGCGUCUAAUUGUCUUCAUCGCAGUAUCUGUAAGCAUGGCUUCUAUCUUCUAUCACCUUGGCCCAAGUAUGAGAUCAAUUCAGGAACGAGGAUCGCUGCUAUGUUUUUUCGUUUCAGUUCUGAAUUUCAUGACACUUAUUGGUGGGUUCUCUCCGUUAAUGGAGGAAAUGAAGGUGUUUAAGCGAGAGAGAUUAAAUGGCCACUAUGGUGUAACAGCUUUUCUCAUAGGAAACACAUUUUCCGCAGUUCCUUACACACUAAUAAUAUCUUUGAUUCCUGGAGCUAUUGUUAAUUACCUUUCUGGACUACACAAAGGAGUAGAGAACUUUUUAUACUUUGCUUCUGUUCUAUUUGCUAUUGUGACGUGGGUCGAGAGCCUUAUGAUGGUUGUUGGGAGCAUUUUCCCAAACUUUGUGAUAGGUGUGAUCACUGCUGGUGGAGUUGAAGGAGUCAUGAUUUUAACAAGUGGGUUCUAUAGAGUGCCAAAUGAUCUUCCCAAACCAUUAUGGAAAUACCCUCUUUACUAUGUUUCCUUCCUCACCUAUGCUUUCCAAGGAUUGUUAAAGAAUGAAUUUGAAGGCUUAACAUUUUCUCAGGAUCAAGAUGGAGGUGGCAAAAGUGUUAGUGGUAGAGAUAUACUGGCUGAGACAUGGCAUGUGCAAAUGGGUUACUCUAAGUGGGUUGAUCUUGCUAUCAUGUUUGGUAUGCUUGUUCUGUAUCGAGUUACAUUCGUAGUCAUCAUUAAAUGCAAGGAGAAACUGAAACAUGCUCAUGUUGGCACUAAUCCUCAAGCCAAAGUUUUCUCCAGAACCCUCAUCAAUGAACUCUAG